CUUCAGAACAGCUGAUCACUUAAUGAUACAUCAGGCUCCCUCGCUGGCUUUUAUUUUUUUUUUUAUUUUAAAUUUUGAUACUUUCUAAAUCACUUUUUUCCCCCCCUUUAAAUACAUAAAUGUGGAUUUAACUUAAGAGUCGUCUUGUUUACCUUCACUGAGUUUCCCCUUGUCUUGUUUAUGGCUCUUGGAUUACUGGCAACAACGUCAAUGUCAAUCUCACGGCGGUAGGCGGGACCUCUAACGCAGCAGCCAAUCAGCGGGCUCCUCUUGAGACGCGCUUUAAAAGCAGAGGAGCGCCUCGGCCGCUGCCAGUAAUAAGGAAACUGAGGACAAGUUAGGACUUACAGAGAGAAGAAGAGGAAUGAAAACACCUGAAUAAAUCUCUGGACUCCGCUUUGAAUCCAUCUAAAGGUACAAACCGACGACUUGGUACAGUACAGUUCCCAUGUUUUGGAAGUUUUGCUGUUUUUCGUAGCAUUAAUAAAUACAGCGGGACUUUGCGCUGGAUAUUGGCACAUUUGGGACACAGCAGCAUCGUUUGCAGCGCACUCUUGUAUUUGACUGUCGGUUUUUUUUUUUUAAGACAAAAAACACACACAAUAUGUCCACAAUAAUGGAACAGCCUUUUUAUGACGACUCGUUUCUCUCUGCUUAUGGCCAUCCAGGCGCUGCCCUGCCAGACUACAAGCUGCUAAAGCAGAAUAUGAACUUGAACUUCUCCGAUUCAUAUCGGAACUCGAGCUUCAAGACACAGCACCUGCGCGCAGACAGUGAUUUCUACCCGGCGGGCACCGCGGACGUGGGCUCGCUGAAGCUCGCUUCGCCUGAACUCGAGCGGCUCAUCAUCCAGAGCAGCAACGGGGUCAUCACUACGCCGACCCCCGCACAGUACCUCUACAACCGCGGCAUCACAGAGGACCAGGAGGUGUUCGCAGAAGGCUUCGUCAAAGCCCUGGACGAUCUGCACAAGAUGAACCAGAUGGCGCCUCCAAACGUCUCCAUCGGCACCGGCGGGAUCGCGUGUCCGGCUCCGGGCGCCGUGUUCGCCCACUCUAUGCAGACGGAACCGCUGGAGUACACGACCCUGAGCAGCUGCACCACGAACCCUAGCCUGACCUCCACGCCCAGCUACCCGUCCACAACUAUCAGCUACCUGCCGCACCACCAGUACCACCAGCAUCCCCAGGCCGUGGCGCACGGGUCGCAUCACUUCCAGCACUCUCUGGCCGGAGCUGGCGUCCACUCGCAGCGCUUCGGGGGCUUGAAGGAGGAGCCCCAGACGGUCCCCGACAUGCAGAGCAGCGACAACAGCUCCCCGCCGAUGUCCCCCAUCGACCUGGAGAACCAGGAGCGGAUCAAGGCGGAGCGCAAGCGGCUGAGGAACCGGCUGGCAGCUUCCAAGUGUCGGAGGCGCAAGCUGGAGCGCAUCGCCCGGUUGGAGGACAAGGUGAAGGUGUUGAAAACGGACAACGCCGGACUGUCGAACACGGCCUCCCUGCUGCGGGAGCAGGUGGCCCAGCUCAAACAGAAAGUCAUGACUCAUGUGAGCAGUGGCUGCCAGCUCAUGUUAGCGCCGAAAGUGAAGUCUUACUGAAGAAAUUAUGCACUUUUUAAUGAACACUGGACAAAAACUGCACUGAAAAACAUAAGACUUUAUACGCUGAGUGGAUGAGAACUGAAACGUAUGUGGCUUUAAAGAAAGAAAGAAAGAAAGAAAAAAAGCCAGACAAGAAAUCCUACAAUCAGCCUACAAGAAACACUUAGGGGCAUUUUUGAAUACGUUUUUAAAAGUGUCGUCUUGGCUUUCCCUGUUUACAUUUUUUUUUGUUCGCCCUUUGUGAUGCUUUUUAAAUGUAUAAGUUAUUUGUAUUUCUUUUUUUUUCUUUUCUUUUCUUUUGUACCUGUACGAUAAUAUUUAAGUAAAAGAAAACGUGUAAUUAAAAUACCAUGCUGCUUAUAAAGGUCUGUUCUUUGAAAAACACGGUCGUAUUUCUCGUAAAUAUAACCACACUUGUUGUCACUGAUCAGAAGUUUACACCAGAAGUUGCCAAAACGUCCCAGCGUAGGACUUUUUCCCCCCUCCCCUCCUUAUUGACGUACGUGCGUAAACCCAUAUAUGGCAACUGUUGCGUGCGGACGUCAUAUCACGACAAGGUUUCCGGGAACUCCCUCCUACAUUGCCAGUCAGAGGCUGCGCUCUCCCCUUCACACCACAGCGAGAGAGAGGUUUGUCAAUGAGUUUAUUCUAGUGAAGGGAGUUUCCCCCCCAUUCUGCUUUUGGUUUCCCAAAACAAGCCUUGUGAUCAACAGCUCAGGAAAGAGAAAAAAAAGUUCCAUGAAAACAUGUCGUAAUGACGUUUAAGUUAAAAAUGUAGUCGGAAAGAAAAGCUGGCGGAAAGACUUUGAGAUGAAAAACGUCAAUUUAAAAAAAAAAAAAAAAAAAAGCACCGGUAUUAAGAAAAAGCAACUAAUAAUAUGCCAAUGCUAAAUUCAUUAAAUUGCUUUUUUUUUAUUCAGUUAUAAAACUUGCUAGGAAAAUCUGGUGGAAAUAAUCAAAUGAAAUAAAAAGAGUCAAAUUUAAGUCACCUAUCUUUGGAGGGUAGGUCAGUAGAUUAAAUUUUCCUUCAGAAUAUAUCAAUUCAUGGAGCAAACAAACACCUAACAAAAGAAUCUUGGAUAUUUUCACUUAAUUAUUUUAAAACUUUUACAACGUAAUUAGUUAAGACAUGAAUAAAAUAAAUGAAUGAAAUGAGACCAAUCUUUACGAGAGCAACGAUGUCCUCGCACCUUCUCCAAAGGUUAGAUUUAACAGAUAAAAAGACGCCUAAAGUACUAAUGGUACACGACUGAAAUAGUUAAAUGUUUACAGGUUUUCCUUUUAAAUAAAAUCCGGCAUGCAUAUUUACACACGUUUUUUCUUUUUUUAUGUCCAAUUUUCAGUCAUUUACAGAAGUGAUUAUUCAAGAUGUUUACUAAUUUGGAGUACUUUUAGACUUUAAUAUUAUGGUUUCAGUCAAAAUGACUAAAAUUUAUUAGAACAUUUCUACUCAAUUUUAAAUGAAAUAUACAGACGUAUAUAUUCAACUAUCCAAUCUUUCCUAACAGGGACUGGAGCCAUUUGGCAAUCGCUGAUUGUUGUGCUGACUCAACCACCACAAUAACUCCAAUAUUAACCAAGACUUGGCAGCUUUGUGACGUACUGUGAUCUUCUGCCAGGCAAAGCUGUUCAACUGCCUCAGGUCCAAGAACAGAAGAAAAGGAAAGAAAAAAAUAAAUAAAAACCCUCACAGAUUAGAGACUCAAAGUCAGAUUUAGAGUUUUGCUGCCACCUAGAGGUCAUUAAUGAAUUGAGAUUCAAAAAAAUUAAUUUGCACAGAGCAGACAGUGUUUUCCCACAGUUUUAAUAGAGAUGGUAGCAAAUGACAGCAAGGAAAAAAUAUCACUUUUUUUUUUUGAAAAAACAAACAAAA